AUGCACUCAGCAACUCCCAUCCGUCCCCCUCUAUUCCCUUUUCCGCCUCUCUUUUCCCAACCACCACACUGCUCACCUGCCUGUCUCUGCAUCUGUCUUUCUGCCUUCCACACUUUCUUCGACUCAUCCCCCUCAUACGCGCUCAGCAAAUCUGCGUCCUCCCCUCCUCCUCCGCCCCGCCCCCCUCUCACACCCGGCCUUGGCCCAUCCCUGUUUCGCUGCUCUCCCCCCUCUCCCGCGCGCUCCCCAUAUCCCCGUCUGUUACUGCAAGACCCGUGCCCUCCACGUCACGCCUGCUGCCACGUGGUCCCUGUCCACGUCCUCGCCCGGGCUGCUGACGUGGCAGAUUCGCUGUUCCGCCGCCUCCCCUACCAACCGAAUCCCGCCUGUUUCCGCUCUCCCGCGGAUCAGAUUCCGCUCCGAUCGCAUUCCCCCCGCCCCGCCCUCUGCCCCUUCCGCUAUCCGCGUUUCCCCUGCCCCGCCCUCCACCCCUUCCGCCCCGAGUUCCCCCCUCCCCAGACGCUGCGCGCCCUCCCCUCCCGCCAGACCUUCCGCCCUCUGCGCGCCUUUCCGCGCGGAUCUGGAAACUUGCAGGGAAUAGGGGAAGAAUGGUCCCCUCUUCUCCCCGAGCAGCUGCGGUUUCAGCCGUCCGCGGCGGCGGCGCUUGCGGAGGAAUCACCCGCUACCGACAAAGUGCGAUCCGCCGUCGGGAGCUUAAUAACUGCCGCGGAGGAUCUUGAACGCGCCGCCUCGUCGGCAGCCGGAGUUGAUAAAGCGCGAUCCGCGGUGGGGAGUCUAGUUUCCGCCGCGGAGGAUCUGAAACGCGCGGCGGCUUCCGCGUACCGCGAUAUUGCUGGCGCUGGCGGCGCGGGAUCCGCGGGGGAGGACGGCGUGGGGGGGGAUACCGCGCAGUUUGGUUCUGCGGUGGGGGAUAUAGUCUCUGCGACGGGAGAUCUCGAACGCGCCGCUGUUGGCAUUUUUGAAAAGGCUGUGUCAGCAGAAGAGAGCGUGUCGGAGCAGGUGGGCAAGCUGCUUGGGUCGGGUGCGGAAGCGACGCAGAAGCUUCUGGAGUCCGGCGGGGAAGCAUUGCAGGCGGACACAUCAGGGGUGGCGAGGAUGAUUGGCGACGCUGCCGGCGCAGGGAUGGAGGCGGUUGAAAAACUAUUUCAGGAAGGGGCUCCUGCACUGGAUGGCGUGUGGUCG